UUUUAAUACAUAUAUUUAAUAUUACCAAAGAAACUUUCGGAACAGUCUGACCCAGAUUGAUUUAAUAAAAAACUGGUUUGUGAAUUUAUUAGUGUUGAUGCUGUUGCUAACUCUGAGGCAGCAAAGCUUCCCAACAGCCCCAGUUAUCAGCUGGAGAGCAAUAAGGAAGACAUGUUUGUUACUCAUUAACUCCAGCAGACUUUAUACCCUUCGGCCUGGACGGCAACAAGAAACCUGGACACUUCAGUAAAUUCACCAAAGUUUCAGGUUUUCAUUUGGGAACAAGCCAAAAGAUGAGCGACAUUGAGGAUGAAAGUGAUAUCUCUUUCACUGUAAAGUUUCUUGGCCGGGUUGAGGUGGUCCGGUCCUCUGGACAGCAGAUCCUGGAGGAAGCUGUUCAGAGUCUGAAGAUGCCUGAUAGAUUCAACUCAGAAAAAGCAGCAAAGAAGAGCAAAGUCCUCAUCUUCCUGUCCAUGAGCGGGAUUGACAUUUUGGAAUACAAAACCAAGUUCCUCCUGUACUCCUGCCCUCUCUCCACCGUCUCCUUCUGUGCCGUCCUGCGCGACUCACCCAAAGUCUUCGGCUUUAUAGCGCAGCAUCCUGCGGCUGACAUGUACCACUGCUACCUGUUCCAGAGCCAGAAGCUUGCUCCUGUCCUGGUGUCAGCUAUCGGCGACGCUUUUCGAGCUUCAAAAAAGGAGCAGAACGUCAGAGGGGGGAGAGACCUGGUAGUGGAGGCACUCAGACACAAGAAUAAAGUGCUGCAGAGAGAAAACGACGAGCUGAGAAAGAAGCUUGGAGGACAUAUCUAUGAGGCCAUGUCAUAGUGUCUGGACACAUGGAAUGAAAUUAAGGGACAGUUUAUGUA